AAAACCAGAAGUCCUUUUAGCGUCAAUCGGUGUCAGCGUGGAAGCAGAGUCGAAGCGGAGAGAGAGAGAGAGAGAGCAAGUCUGCUACGGUCUCCGAAGACGGAAGCUUUGCCUCUGAGUUGGGCUUCUUUAUCGUCGCCGCUCAUCCAUGGCUGGGCCAUCAUGGUUGUUUGACAAAAAUAGAAUCGCAACAAAAAUCAGGAGUGCAUCUGGAAGCUAUGAUUCUGUUGGAAUUAAAUGGCAAAGCAACCCAACUAAAUCUUGUCCAAAAUGCCAAUAUACGAUGGACAAUAGUGAUGUUGCUCAAGAGUGGCCGGGUUUACCCAAGGGUGUAAAAUUUGAUCCAACCGAUCAAGAGAUUAUGUGGCACUUACUAGCAAAAUCUGGUGUAGGUGAUCAAAAACCCCAUCCUUUUAUUGAUGAGUUUAUUCUAACUGUCGAUGACGACGAAGGAAUCUGUUGUUCCCAUCCUAGGAAACUACCUAAUGUUAAGCUAGAUGGAAGUCCAUCCCACUUCUUUCAUAGAGCAAUUAAGGCUUACAAUACUGGAACACGAAAGCGGCGAAAGAUACAUGAUGGUGAUGGUGAUGGUGAUGUCCGCUGGCACAAGACUGGAAGGACUAAACCAGUGAUCUUGGAUGGAGUACAAAGAGGGUGCAAGAAGAUUAUGGUUCUAUACAUGAGCACGGUCGGAGGAGGAAAACCUGUGAAAACCAAUUGGGUUAUGCAUCAAUAUCACCUAGGCAUUGAGGAGGAUGAGAAGGAUGGAGAGUAUGUUAUAUCAAAAAUAUAUUACCAGCAGCAGGAAGCCAAGCAAGCUGAUAAAACUGAUCAAGAUGUUCCUGAAAGUAUUGAUGCGGUGAUCACAAAGGUAGAUCCAGUCACUCCCAAGUCGGCUACUCCUGAACCUCCACGCGCCGAACGAAAGCUUGGUGAUUUUCAUUUGGGACUGGAUACUCCUGCUCCGUCCAGAGAUCCCCUUCUUCAGUAUCGUGAGGAAGACGGUGCUGAAGAUGAAGUGCGUCCUGAUGUAGACUCUGCUUUGGAUGAAGUUCAUCCCGAGGUGAACCGUGCUGAAGAUGUUCGCCCUGAAUCUGAAAUUCCUGACGAUUAUGAUCAACACAAGGUAGAAAACCAAGCCGAUGAAGUAAUUAAUAACACUGAAAACAUUGAUCAUGCUCAGGAAGAUCCAAAAUGGUGGGACAAUGAGUCACAGAACCUUCUGGAUUCGCAACAACUUGUGGAAGGGUUGUCUCUGUGUGAUGAGCUCCUUCAGAGCCAAUCUCCAAAUAGGGGUGGGCAUGAAAAUGGUGAACAAGCACAUGUCAAACCCCGUCUUGCUGAUUAUGCUAAACUAGGACCUGAGGAUUUAAAGAAGGAUCUAGAGGCAUGCCAAAAUAUUGUCCUUGAUCCUGCUAAUAUUAUGGACCUUGAUACACCUCCUGAUUUCCGACUCAGCCAGCUGGAAUUUGGGUCACAGGAGAGUUUCCUUUCUUGGGGUGGCAAGGUGGCUGACUGAACAUGGUUUGGGAUUUCUGUGUUGGUUAUGGUCAAUGGUGGUAAAUAUUUUCUUGCUACGUUUUGGUUAAACUAUGCCUAUCAAAUCAGCUUGGCGUGAUAUCUAACCUUAUGGUAAAGAACUGUUUUUUGUAACUGUAAUUCUCUGAUCGUUUGUGUUCAAACAUCGAUCGAACGUACUCUUUUUGCUCUCUUUUAAGCAUCAAGCUAAAAUGCAGUUAUGUUAUCUGGUUUGCUUU